UUAGUUUCAUUUUUUUUCUUAGAAAUUAUGAAGGAAUUUCGCGCGACAUUGUCGCAAAAUAGUUUUCCGGGUGAAAGCCGAAGCCCCUUUAAUUGGAGCUUUAAAGCGGCGGCCGCCUUGGGAGUCAUUAACGUUUAGCGAGACAUAAUGAAAGAUAGGUUUGGCCAGAUAGCGGGAGGUUAGGCACUCGCGUUCGGCUGUAAGGGCUUGUGUCCUGUAAUCUGGUGUGUGGCUCGGAAAGUUUACAGGCAAGGCAAGGCCAGGCCCGGCCCGGCCCGGCCGCACCGACAGAGCGCCGGGCUACCGCCGCCGCCGCACCACCACCACCACCAACAUUACCACGAAUGGUACCGUGCCCUUAUUUUGCGCCCACCCUCUUUAUUGCCAUUAUCACAUCUGAGAGGUGCACGAACCUCGCGAUAGUCUUUGCAGAAACGAUGCGUGACGCUUAACUGAUGCGAAGGUGACGGGGCUACUUGAAGACGCACCGCAGAGUAGCUUGAUGAGUGUCCAAAGUAACAGUGGAAGUUUGGAGGGGACGCCAUCUUGGUCCCAGUUCUCCACGUCCCCAACGCCGGGAGCUUUGCAGACUAACACGGCACCUGUAAAGGCUAAAGAAGGUGCUGCAAUGGAAGAGCUUCAUAGCCUUGAUCCUCGACGGCAAGAGUUACUGGAGGCAAGGUUUACGGGAGGUGUGAGUACUGGGAGUGGAAGUGGAAGCACAGGAGCUAAAGUUUUAACAAAUAAUGAAUCUUCUAACCAUAGUUUUGGAAGUCUUGGAUCAUUAAGCGACAAAGAGUCAGAGACCCCAGAAAAAAAGCCAUCAGAUUCUGCAAGAGGAAGAAAGCGGAAAGCAGACAGCCAGAGCGAUAAUAGUCAAGGUAAAACCAAUGCAAGAGGACAUAAAAUCAGUGACUAUUUUGAUUAUACAGGAGGCAAUGGUACCAGUCCAGUAAGAGGUGUGCCACCUUCAAUUCGAUCUCCUCAGAAUUCCUUCUCUCACUCUGCCACCUCGUCUAUUCGGCAGAAUAGUCCAUCUCCAACUGCAUUAGCAUUUGCGGAUCUUUCUGCUUUACAGCCAAAGUUAAUUUCUGUCUCCUGCAAGACUACUCAGACUGAACUUACCUUGGGAAAACUGGCUGCACUGGAAAGUAAUAAGAAUCUAGACCUUGAGAAGAAGGAAGGUAGAAUAGAUGACUUGCUACGAGCCAAUUGUGAUCUAAGGAGGCAGAUAGAUGAACAGCAAAAACUCCUUGAAAAAUACAAAGAACGGUUAAAUAAGUGUAUGACGAUGAGCAAAAAAUUACUGAUUGAAAAGAGUAAGCAAGAAAAGCAAUCCAGCAGAGAGAAGAGUAUGCAAGACAGACUACGUCUGGGGCAUUUCACUACAGUCCGACAUGGUGCUUCAUUCACUGAGCAAUGGACUGAUGGCUAUGCUUUUCAGAAUCUCGUAAAACAACAAGAGUGGAUAAAUCAACAAAGAGAAGAUAUAGAAAGACAACGGAAAUUGUUGGCAAAGAGGAAGCCUCCACCAACUCAAAAUUUGCAGACCCCUUCCGCAAAUUCUGAGAUAAAACAACGCAAAGCAAAAGCUGUAAAUGGAGCAGAAAAUGAUCCAUUUGUUAGACCAAAUCUACCACAGUUGUUGACAGUAGCAGAAUACCACGAACAGGAGGAGAUCUUCAAACUUAGGUUGGGACAUCUUAAGAAGGAAGAAGCUGAGAUUCAAGCUGAACUUGAAAGACUGGAGAGAGUCAGAAAUUUGCACAUACGUGAACUUAAACGAAUAAACAAUGAAGACAGUUCACAAUUCAAAGAUCACCCCACAUUGAAUGAUAGAUAUUUAUUGCUACAUCUACUUGGACGAGGAGGCUUCAGUGAAGUAUAUAAGGCCUUUGAUUUAAUUGAGCAGAGGUACGCAGCAGUGAAAAUCCAUCAACUGAACAAAAAUUGGAGGGAAGAAAAGAAAGAAAAUUACCACAAGCAUGCAUGUAGAGAAUACAGAAUACACAAAGAACUGGAUCAUCCCAGAAUAGUAAAAUUGUAUGACUAUUUCUCCCUGGAUACAGAUACAUUUUGUACUGUUUUAGAAUAUUGUGAAGGAAAUGACUUAGACUUCUAUCUGAAGCAACAUAAAUUGAUGUCUGAGAAGGAAGCACGAUCCAUUGUAAUGCAGAUAGCAAAUGCAUUGCGAUACCUAAAUGAAAUCAAGCCUCCCAUUAUACACUAUGAUCUAAAGCCUGGUAAUAUUCUUCUGGUCGAUGGAACUGCAUGUGGAGAAAUAAAAAUAACUGAUUUUGGGUUAUCAAAGAUUAUGGAUGAUGACAAUUAUAAUGCUGUAGAUGGAAUGGAUCUGACCUCUCAAGGAGCGGGGACUUACUGGUACUUGCCUCCUGAGUGUUUUGUUGUAGGAAAAGAACCACCCAAAAUUUCUAACAAAGUGGAUGUCUGGUCUGUCGGAGUUAUCUUCUUCCAGUGUCUGUAUGGUCGGAAGCCCUUUGGCCACAACCAGUCACAGCAGGAUAUCUUACAAGAGAAUACAAUAUUAAAAGCAACUGAAGUCCAAUUUCCUGUUAAACCAGUUGUUAGCAAUGAAGCAAAGGCUUUCAUUAGACGUUGUUUAGCAUAUCGCAAAGAAGAUCGCUUUGAUGUGCAUCUGCUGGCUAAUGAUACUUACCUUCUUCCUCAUAUGCGACGGUCAAAUUCUUCAGGAAAUCUACAUAUGCCUGGGCCAGCCACAAUACCAGUUUCACCAAUGUCAAACAUAGUUUCUUAUUAAGACUGAUAGUUAGACUGACAGAUCUUGUUAAACUUUCCAUAUUAAUUCACAGCUGAAGAUGGGAUGACUUGAAAUAGUUUCUUCUUGGGAGGGAGAAUUGGAAGGAGAAAGCAGAGGCUGUGAAAGGAUUAGGGUGUACCAAUUUUUAAAUUCUUUGCUUUUGAUCUAUUUCAAAUAGAAUUGAACCAUGGAUAACAGUGAACUGCAGAUAUUAGCCGGAGUACUGCACACUGUAAAACUUAUGCAUUUAGGAGCUGAAAACUGUUCAUCCACAUUUUUUGGGAACACUGUAUAUAGUCUGUUUGGAAGUCACAUUGGGACUUCUGUUUUUUGUUUAAAAUAAGGCCAGAAAAUGAUUUUAGCACACAAAUACAACAGCCCAUCCAAAUAAAAUUGUGAAGAGAAAUUGAGUAGCUCUUAUGAACCUGUAAAUGCACAUAAAUAUUUACAUAUUGAAGCUACAAUAAGCAGCUGAUGUAUUUAUAGGUCAAAUUGUAGAAUGUACUGUGCAAGAUAAUAGUAAAAUAGCAUUGUUUUAUAUUGUUGUAAAUGAUUUCAUUAUAUUUACCUUGUUCUUAAGUAACAGCAGUUUGAUUUUGUAAAGGCUGUAUAAAAAUUUGGCGUUUUGUUUUUGCUUUCUUAAUCGGAUCCUGAAUUCCAAUAAUGGAUUUGCCCAUUGCUACAACGUAGCAUUGGUGUUUUAUUAAAACACGGCCUUCAUACAUUAGCAACAAAAGUCAGAUCUGUAAAGGCUUAAUUUUGUAUUUAAUGAGAUUGUCUUAAAUUUUGUAAUAUUGAGGGAUAGGCCAUUUUAUUGAUUAGCCUUGAUUGCUUGGCAUUAUUCGAGAGAUAUUCAACUAUUGGAGAAGAAAAACAAAAUGAAAUGCAGGACAAAUUCUUACAUGUUUGCAGGAUUAUUGGUUUCUUCUCUGUGUAGGCAUAAAUGGUGUGAAACAUUAAAUUCUGAACAGUUGCCUGUGCUGUACAAAUUACAACCAUUUUCAGAAAUGCAAAAUCUUAAUUGUUAGUACAGUUUUCUGCUUGUUUUUACAUCCAUGCAAAUAGAAUGCCUGUGUGUAAUUUAUACACUGAAACGAAAAAAGGUUUAUCUGGGCUUGUUAAUGUUGUAUAAUUAAGCUGUUGCCUGUGUUCCUGGUGUUAAAAGCUGCAUUGUUUUCACUGUAAAUAAAAUGUUUAACUGUUGACUUAAAAAUGUGCUGCUGAUACUGUAGAGAGUGCAGCCAAACCCAGUAAUAAAACUACAAAAUUCUAUUUCAUUCAUGUUUUGACUAAAAGUUCGUUGUGCCAGUUGCUGCCCAUAAAGUAGUGAGCUACUGCCCUAAAUUCUGACUUCAGGUCUCUGCAUGGUGUAUAGAUUAAGUGGGAAGAGAUGCAAGCUCUACACACAGUGAAAAUAACUUCAACAGCUGAUUAGACCACGUUCCAGCUUGUGUAGAACCUAUUUCAGACAUUGGUUAUUGACAUAAAGUCCUGUACUUAAUUUUUUCUAAAAGUAACAUACUGCUCUAUUGCUUAUAGUGAGUAAUGUGCACAACUUCGCAUGAACUAAAUUUUAAUACUUCCAUGUUUAAUGGAAAUAUGUAAAGUUGCCAGGAUAAAAAUCUGAUGUCAAUGCAAUUCAAGUAAAGUUAUUCCAUCAAGUGGAACAACUGCCUCUGUACAAGAUACUGAAUCAGCACUGUAUCUAGGCCUCAGGAUUUCACUCCAGCCACUUUAAAAAAAAAUAGAACCUUUAUUCUCAUAGAGCAUUACAGCACCGAAAUAGCCCAUCGGCCCAUCUGGUCCCAUCAAGCUGCACCCCUAUAUCCCUCCCAUCCAUGUACUUAUCCAAACUUUUUAAAUGUUGAAAUCAAACCUGUGUCCACUACUUCAGCUGGCAGUUUGUCCGCCACCCCAGGUUUACCUUAAACAUUGCACCUUUCACUCUUAAACUAUGACCUCUAGUUCUUGUCUCGCCCAUCCUUGGUGGAAAAGCCUAUCUUAAACCACUAUAAAUACGCUCUCAUUCUCUAAUGUCCCAGGAACUAAAGUCCUAAUCUAUUCAACCUUUCCCUAAACUUGGAUCCUCGGGUCCCAUCAAUAUCCUGGUAAAUUUUCUCUCUUUCAAUCUCACUGAUAUUUUUGCUGGAGGUAGGUGGCCAGAAUUGCACGCAAUACUCUAAAUUAUGCCUCACCAAAUUCGUAUACAAUUUCAGCAUAAUAUCCCAACUCCUGUACUUGAAUUUAUGAAGGCCAAUAUGCCAAAAAAAAUUCUUUAUGACCCUAUUUAUCUGUUGUGUCUCUUUCAAGCAGCAUUGGAUGUCUAUUCCCAGAUCCAUCUAUUCUACUGCACUCCUUGGUGCCCUACCGCUCACUGUGCAAGUCCUACCCUGGUUUGUCCUCACAAAGUGCAACACCUCACACUUGUCUCCCUUAAAUUCCAUCUGCUUCUUUUCCAGAAGAUCUAGAUUCCACUGCAAUCUUUAAUAGUCCUACUGAUUAUGAAAGUUUACCACAUUAUUGUCUAGAUUGUUAACAAACAAAAACGGAUCCAGCACUGAUCCCUGAGGCACAUCACUAGUCACAGUCCUCCUCUCAGAGAAGCAACCAUCUACUACCACUUCAUGGCUUCUGCAAAGCUAAUGCCAAAUCCAAUUUACUACCUCAUCCUGAAUUUCAAGUGACUGACCUUUCUUGACCAACCUCCCAUGUAGGAUCUUGUCAAAGGCCUUGCUGAAGUCCCAAGUAGAAAAUGUACACUACCCUGUCUAUCCAAAUACUUGCACAGUAUAUCUGGUCCCUUAGAAUAUCCUCCAGUGUUAAUGUCAGGCUCACCAGCCUAUAAUUUCCUGGCAUAUUUUUGGGGCCUUCCUGAAACAAUAGUACAAAAUGGGCUAUUGCCCAUUCAUUGACUAUUACACCUCACCCACGGCGAAGGAUAUUUCAAAUACCAUUACUAAGGCCCCUACAAUUUCUGCACUGUCCUUCUAAUAAGUUUGAAUAAACAUCUUGUCACCUGAGGAUUUAUUCACCCUAAUUUGCCUCAAGACAAAGCAACCCCUUCUCUGUAAUCCCUAUAUGGUCCAUGACCUCACUGCUGUUUUGCUUUGGUUUUAUAGACUGGCCACCUCUGGAGUAAAUUGAGAUGUAAAAAAAUCCAUUUAAGAUCACCUACAUCACUUUUGUGCAUAGAUAACUACAUUGAUUUUUCAAGAAGAUCAAUUCUGUCCCUUGCUUUCCUUAUUCUCUUAAUAUAUUUGUAGAAGUCCUUGGGGUGACAUCAUGCUGUCUUCCUGAUUUCCCUCUAAUUUGUUCUCUUACAUUUCUUAUACUUAAGUUUUAUCUCAUUUGUUCCUUGCUGCCUAUACCUGCUGUGCACCUCCUCCUGGACAUCAAUAUCUCUUGAAAACCAAGGUUCUCGAAACCUGUUAUCCUUGCCUUUUAUUUUGAUAGGAAUAUACAAACACUGCAUUCCCAAAAAUUUCACUUUUGAUGGCCUCCUACACUGAGCACAACUUUGCCAGUAAACAUAAAAGUUCCAAUCCAUACUUAAAGAUUCUUUCUGAUACUAUCAAAAUUUGCUUUUCUCCAAAUUAGAAUCUCAACCUGAGGACUAGACCUAUCUUUCUCCAUAAUUAUCUUGGAAUUAUGAUAUCUGGAUUCAAAACGUUCCCCAUACACACAUUUCUGUCACCUGCCCUCUUUCAUUCCCCAAUAGGAGAUCCAGUUAUGCACACUAUAUAUGAAGUAACCUCAAAUUUUUCCAUCCAGCCAUUUUACACUAUGGGAGUCCCAGUCAAUACGUGAAAAGUUAAAAUCACCUAUUAUCGCAACCUUGUGUUUCUUGCAACUGUCUGCAAUCUCUCUGCACGCUGCUACUCUAAAUCAUACUGACUAUUGGGUGGUUUAUAAAAUAAUCCCACUAAUGUAGUCAUCCCUUCUGUUAUUCCUCAGUUCCACCCAUAGAGCCUCAAUCUGUCCUGUCUGAGCACUGCCAUGACAUUUUUCUUGACUAGCAAUAUUAUCCCUCCUGCUCAUAAUGGAUAAAACUACGGAACCCCGUAACAUUGAGCUGACAGUCUUGCACAGGCUUUAUAUAAAUUGGGUAUUUGUAACCUGGGGUGGAUAUAUACAGACACAAAACUGUGAAACAGUUAACAAGCUUUGUUUUAACCUGUAUCUUAUCUUUCUUUUCUAGGAAAUUAAGGAGCACGGCACUCGGGCCCUCAAGCCUGCCCCACCACUCAUGGCUGAUCGCAGGCCUCGAUUUGCAUUGGGAUAACUUUCAAUAUAAAAUAAGGGAUUCCUGUAACUUUCAAAAUUAGAUUAACAAAUAAAUGAGAUGUACCAUGAGUGAAGGUUGCAUUACACCAGUGAUUUUCUUAGUGAUAUCAGAAACGAGUAUGCCUUGUAUUUAUACACUGUGCUCCAGUGCUAGUGUUUGAUUCUGUGUGAGACAAUAUGGUACACAAUUUGUAAAAUUAAAACAGAAAAUACUGGAAACAGGCAGGCAACAUCUAAUCCUCUUCAUCAGAAAUGGUAUUAAGGAACAAAUUACUAUAUGUAUCAAAGAAGGGAUGGGGUUGAGAUGGGAUAAAUGAUUGUGAUGGUUAACAUCAGAUUAAGGAAUUUUGUGUUGAUUAUGUGAGGCACAUCCAGCAGACAAGCCAAUAUAAACACAAAGGAAAAAGCUGAACCAAAACAAUGAGAGGGAAAAUUGGCCAUUUCUAAAUACAAAGAAAAGAGAGACCCUCUAAAGUUUGACAAUUUGAUAUUGGCCCCUGCAGCUGCAACAAGAUCAGAUGUUUCUCAAGCUUUCAUCGUGUCACAAAGAAAAAGAUCAAAAUGGGAGUGGAGCGGUGAAAAGUGAGAUGCUAUGGACCAGCUGCAGGUGCUUCUCAAUUCAAUGACCCAAUCUGUGUGUUGUUUCUAUUAUGUAGAGAAAACCAUAUUGUGAACACCAAAUAAAUUAGAUUGG